CUCUUACUCCCAUCCCGACCCCCAUUACUAACCUUCCUUCUAUAAUUCCCAGCUUAAUUGACAGCAACCGAAGUGCCACUGGAGUAGAACCAUCUGCAGCCACCAUCCCACAGCACCUAUCGGACGCCUAUCGGCAAAAGUCCCUUAUAAGGCCACGCUAUCCCGUUUCCAUGGCGACAUUCAACGUUCGCACUCUAAGACAAACAGGUCAACAGGCUGCACUCGCACGCACCUUGGACACACUGGGUAUUGAUGUGUGUUGUGUGUCCGAAACUAGGAUCAAUGACCCUAACGGGGUUAUUGAAUUAACUGCACCCGGCUUAUCCUCUCGUUAUUGGUUGCACGCAUCCGGAGACGCCGAUGCAGCACUCACGGGUCAAGCUGGUGUAGGUAUCAUUCUAAGCUCCAAGGCUGAGCCAUCGUUGGUUGAUUGGAUUCCGGUGAACAGCCGUUUAUGUGCAGCCCGUUUGACGACAUCAGCUAAGGUUGAUUCACGAAGUAGUACAAAACGCUGUUUGUUUGUGAUUUCCGCUUAUGCUCCCACCGACUGCAGUUCUAAUGCUGUCAAGGACACAUUCUAUCACGAACUGAACGCGCUACUACGCAGUGCUACUAGUUCAGAUAUUAUAGUACUUGCAGGGGAUAUGAACGCACAAGUAGGGCGUCUGAGCUCUUCAGAAGCUCAGCUGGGUGGUAAUUAUGGGCUUAACUCCGAACGGACUGACAACGGUGAGCGUCUGCUGCAACUGUGUGCGGAGCACCAGUUGUUUCUUAGUAGCACUGCUUUUAGACACAGUGGGCGCCGAAGUGCCACUUGGCGUCCUCCUGUAGCUGGCCAGCGAUGGACCCAAAUUGACCACAUAGCCAUAAGUUACAGGUGGCGUGGUUCCAUCCUGGAUUGCCGCUCAUACUGGAGUACCUGUGUCGACUCUGAUCAUGCCUUGGUACGCUGUCGUUUCUCCAUGAACUUUACCGGGAGGCGCACCAAGCGUCCCCUACGAUUGGCAACGGAGAAAUUGUCUCAGUCCUCGGUCAGGCAAGCCUAUCAAGAGGCGCUGCGUAUCGAACUUCCGCUGUCUUGUCCUAAUGACACUGAGCUUCAGUGGAAUAGGAUCUCGGCCGCCAUGCACGACGCAGGAGCAUCUGCUUGUGGCACCAUCAGUCGUCACCGCACCAGUCACUGGAUAUCCGAGAGGUCGGUGAACCUGUUGGAAUCUAGAAGACACCUCCCGGCUGGCUCUGAACACAAUGUGACCAGACGGGCUAUUAGGCGUGAACUAAAGCGGAGCCUACGUGCUGACAAGGAAGCCUGGUGGACCAGUCGGGCUCAAGAAAUGGAGGAGCAGGAGCAGUAGGCAAUUACCGCAAGCUCUUCCAGCUAAUCCGCACCACUGGUCCCAGAAAACCAGGCGUCAGUGAGACAAUCAGAGACAGCGCGGGUGCGCUGAUACACAAUAAGGAGCGCCGUAUGGCUCGUUGGGCGGAACACUUUCAAGAUCAGUUCAGCUGGCCCCCUGCUCCCGGACCUCUUCCUACUCAGGUGAUGCAGGACGAGCCAUGGACGGUUAGUUUAGAGCCUCCGUCGGAGGCCGAGGUCCGAAACGCGAUCACAGCCCUUAAUCGUUUUCGUGCCGCUGGCCCGGAUUCCCUCCCACCUGCACUAUUUAAGGAUGGAGGUGAGGUCCUCUGCAAAGCACUGACCUCCUUAUUCGAAUGUAUCUGGAAGGAAGAGAUGUCCCGGCUAAUUGGAGCGAAUCGAUUAUAGUGGCAAUAUACAAGAAGGGCAGUCGCACAGACUGUUCUAACCACAGGGGUAUUAGCCUAACGCCAGUUGUGACAAAAUUACUGGCCUCGAUUCUCGUUCGUCGCCUCACUGCGGAACGGGAAUCUCGGAUUAGGGAAGAGCAGGCCGGUUUCCGCCC